AUGAGAAUUGAACUUAAAUCGCCCCUCUCGGGGUCGGCAGUGCUGGUCGCAGCGUGCGCCGCGUGCCUCGUGGCCGUACUCGCGCUCCACUCGCCGCUCUCUCAGGUGCCCGUGUCCGCGCGCCUCCCGUGUCUGCGCGCAUCACUUGUCCGCGCGCCUCCCGUGUCCGCGCGCCUCCCGUGUCCGUGCGCCUCCCGUGUCCGCGCGACUCCCGUGUCCGCGCGCCUCCCGUGUCCGCGCGCCUCGCUUGCCCACGUGCCUCCGUCGCUGCCGCGCGUGCCUUCCCGAGCCUUGCCACCUCGCCUGUCCGAUCCACUUUCCCCUUGCCUCUCCCCUCCCACCCGCCCCCUCCCGUCCCUCGGCCCACACCCCUCCCCCCUUCCCUCCCACCGCCCAUAUCCGCAGCAGCCAGGGGAGGCCCCUCCGGCCCCGUGGGCGGAGCGUGGCGCGGAGGGGAAUGCACACCGGCGGAGAGCAGCGGGCGCGCGAGAAGGGGUGUGGGGAAGGGGUGGCGUCGGAAGAAUUGGGGCAGGGGCAGCGAGUGGGGAGGAUGGAGCGGGAGGAGUGGGGCGCACGGGUGGGAGGCGAGGAGAGGCGGAGGCAGGGGGCGAGCUUGCGGCAGGCAGGCGGCUGCUGGAGGCCAUGAUGGGGGGCGCGGGGGGUGAGGGGGAACUGGAACAGGCGGAGGACAAGGGGGGUGAGGGGGAACUGGAACAGGCGGAGGACAAGGGGGGUGAGGGGGAACUGGAACAGGCGGAGGACAAGGGGGGUGAGGGGGAACUGGAACAGGCGGAGGACAAGGGGGGUGAGGGGGGACGAGAGGUCGAGGAGCAGACUGAGGCAGCGGGAGCAGAAGGGGAGAAGGAGGGGGAUGGGUUGGUUGAUGGCAAUGCAGGUGGUUUAGAUGGCAACGCAAGUGGUUCAGAUGGCAAGGCAGGUGGUUCAGAUGGCAUGGGGUCAUUUUUAGAGGUGGAGGGUAGGGCAGAGGAGACGGAGGGAGAGGGUAUGGAUGGCCAUGAGGCAGGUGGUGCGUGGGAGGAGGGGGAGGGAGAGGCAGGGCCGGAGGGCAUCACAGCGGGUGGUGGGUGGAGGGAGGCGAGGAAGGGAGUGGAGGUGGCAGCAGCAUUGGGAGAAGCAGAGGUUGCAGAGAGUAAUGAGAAUGUGCUGUUCGACAUCCCUCCUGCUCCUCCUCCUCCUCCUCCUCCUCCUCCUCCUCCUCCUGCUGCUGCUGCUGCCCCUGCUGCUGCUGCUAUUCCUGAUGAGGAUGCGGCACAGCAGGCUGACAGGCCCGUCCAUAGUGCUGCGCUGCCCCUUCCCUCCCCUCCCUUGCAGGUAGCCACCAAGCCCGCCCACCUGUGGCGGGUGGCGGUGUGUCUCGUGGGCGGCGCGCGCGACUUUGAGCUGACAGGCCCGUCCAUCGUGCAGCGACUGCUGCUGCCGCUGCUGCCGCACCGCCCCGUGCUCUUCCUGCACGCGCCCCUUGACGAGGCCGCCUUCAAGCUCUGGCCGCUGCUCUGGGCCGCAAGGCGCGGCGUGGCCGUGGGGGCGGUGAGGGUGUUCGCCAGCACGUGGGUCAAUGAGAGCGCCCUGCCGCCGGGAGUUGUGGAGGACCCUUCCUCACCGCAUGGCACCCAGGGCAUGCUGCAGUUUUUCCGUCUGGUGGAGGGGUGCAUGCCUCUCAUCCGCGCCUACGAGCGCCAUGCCGUGCGCCCAUGCUGCCAACCCACCACCUGCGAACCUGUUCCCCCCCCACCCCACCCCACAUGCCAGGGCAUGCUGCAGUACUUCCGGCUGGUGGAGGGGUGCAUCCCGCUCAUCCGCGCCUACGAGCGCCGCCACGCCAUCACCUUCGACUGGCUGCUGCGCACGCGAGUCGACACCUUCUGGCACCGCGCCCUGCCGCCGCUCUCCCUCUUCCCCCCACACGCCUACACCAUCCCCUUCGGCUCCGACUGCUUUGGUCUCAACGACCGGUUCGGCCUCGGCACGUGGGGGACGGCGCUGCCUGCGCUCUCCCGCCUCUCCAUGCUGCCUGCCAUCGCUGCGGGCGGCGCGUUUCGGCGGUUUUCUAUGGAGGGUGUGGGCGGGCUGGGGCAGGAGGCGAGCAACCCGCAUGCCGUCCCCGUGGAGGUACCAGCAGGGCUGAACUCAGAGCAGGCGUUCAAGGCGCAGCUGGCGCUGGCGGGGGUGCCAGUGGCGCGGGCGGACCUGUCGUUCUGUGUGGUGAGCCGGCGAGUGUACCGGCACCACGCCAUGCCCGUGCUCUCCCUCAACGCCUCCACGCCCCUCAACGGCGCCAAGUGCCGCCCCUGCUACCCCAAAAUCACAGGCGCCGAGGCCAAUCGGCGCAUCCGUCGCUGGUACCUGGAGGGCUCGCGCUUCGGCCCGCACCGCUCGCCGUCAUUCGCCAACCGCACCGACUUCUCUCUCUGCGACGCCGCCAAGCCCUGGCCCGCGCCCCACGUGGCGGCGGCCCUGUUUGACGCCGCUGCGGGGCCAAGGCUGGCGAGGGAGCGGCGCUCCACCAUGCACGUCACCCUUCGCGGCUGUGCACGCAACUUCAGGAAGGUAGGGGAAAUGCGUGCGAUGAUGGCACUCGCCUCGUGGAGCACCUUUGCGGCGGCACACGGAGGAGUGGCAGGCGCCAGCAGAGGCGGUGCUGUGCUUCCGGUCGCAGCUGGGGGAGGUGCACCUGCUGGGGCCGCCUGGCCAGUGCUUCUACACGGCACUGGAGGGGGUCAACCGCACCAGGUGCGUGCUGCACUCCCACGCUGCCUGCACGUCGCACCCCCACGCUUCCCUCAUGUGCGCCCCACCACAGCAUGCUGUCCUCACGGUCGCCAGCGCCCACUCACAACCACUGUGCCGCUCGUCACUCGUUCUGCCUUUCCCUCUCCGUGA